UGAGACUUCCUUAUGGUCUAGACCACAGGGUUUUCAAGCUUUAAUUUGGAAUAUAUGCUAAACUAUUGAUUUACUCUUUGGUUUUCAUAGGUCUGAAUUUUCAGAUAUUUAGGGAUGCUGUUUGGAAUUAAUGUUUGGGCUUCCUGAGGAACUUGAUAUGUUGUGCUUAUUUCUUUUGUUUUUUAGACCCAUGAAAUGGCCACAGAUGAUAAGACUUCCCCAACAUUGGACUCUGCCAAUGAUUUGCCUCGGUCUCCUACUAGUCCUUCUCAUCUCACACACUUUAAACCGCUCACUCCUGAUCAGGACGAACCUCCUUUUAAAUCAGCAUAUAGUUCUUUUGUAAAUCUCUUUCGAUUUAACAAAGAGAGAGCAGAAGGGGGCCAGGGAGAGCAGCAGUCUCCAAGUGGAAACUGGACCAGCCCUCAGCUCCCUUCAAGAGCACAGUCUGUGAGGUCACCUACACCUUAUAAAAAACAGCUUAAUGAGGAACUCCAGCGGCGAUCUUCAACAGUGUUAGAGAACAGUUUGCAACAGCCGCAGGAGAACACAGAAACAAGAAGGAAAGCAGAACCUACCUUUGGAGGUCAUGAUCCUCGUACAGCUGUUCAGCUUCGAAGCCUCAGCACAGUAUUAAAACGCCUCAAGGAAAUCAUGGAGGGGAAAAGCCAGGAUAGUGACCUGAAGCAGUACUGGAUGCCAGAUAGCCAAUGUAAGGAGUGCUAUGACUGUAGUGAGAAGUUUACAACCUUUCGGCGCAGACACCAUUGCCGACUGUGUGGGCAGAUUUUCUGCAGUCGCUGCUGUAAUCAAGAAAUCCCAGGAAAAUUUAUGGGCUAUACAGGGGACCUCCGAGCUUGUACAUACUGUAGAAAAAUAGCCUUAAGUUAUGCUCAUUCCACGGACAGCAAUUCCAUUGGGGAAGACUUGAACGCUCUUUCAGAUUCUGCUUCCUCGUUGUCUGUACUUGAUCCCAGUGAGCCCCGAACACCUGUUGGGAGUAGAAAAGCCAGUCGCAACAUAUUUUUAGAGGAUGAUUUUGCCUGGCAAAGUUUGAUUCAUCCAGACUCCUCAAAUACUUCUCUUUCAACAAGACUUGUAUCUGUGCAAGAGGAUGCUGGGAAAUCUCCUGCUCGAAAUAGAUCAUCCAGCAUUACUAACCUGUCACUGGAUCGAUCUGGUUCUCCCAUGGUACCUUCAUAUGAGACGUCUGUCAGCCCCCAGGCUAACCGACCUUAUGUGAGGACAGAGACCAGCGAGGAUGAGCGCAAGAUCCUUCUGGACAGCGUUCAAUUAAAGGACCUGUGGAAAAAAAUCUGCCAUCACAGUAGUGGAAUGGAGUUUCAGGAUCACCGCUACUGGCUGAGAACACAUCCUAACUGCAUUGUAGGGAAGGAAUUAGUCAACUGGCUCAUCCGUAAUGGACAUAUUACUACGAGGGCGCAAGCUAUAGCAAUUGGACAAGCAAUGGUUGACGGGCGCUGGCUGGAUUGUGUCAGUCAUCAUGAUCAGAUCUUCAGGGAUGAGUAUGCGCUGUACAGACCACUGCAGAGCACAGAGUUUUCCGAGACCCCUUCUCCGGACAGUGACUCAGUGAACUCUGUGGAAGGACACUCUGAGCCAUCCUGGUUUAAGGACAUAAAGUUUGAUGACAGUGACACAGAACAGAUAGCCGAAGAAGGUGACGAUAAUUUGACUAAUUCUGCCAGUCCUAGCAAGCGCACCUCAGUCAGCAGUUUCCAGUCCACAGUGGACAGUGACUCAGCCGCUUCUAUCAGCCUGAACGUGGAGCUGGACAACGUGAACUUCCAUAUCAAGAAGCCCUCCAAGUACCCACAUGUGCCCCCUCACCCUGCUGACCAAAAAGAGUAUCUGAUUUCUGACAGUGGAGGACAACAGCUCUCAAUAAGUGACGCCUUCAUCAAAGAAUCCUUAUUUAAUCGUCGCGUUGAGGAAAAAUCCAAAGAGCUGCCGUUCACACCUCUGGGCUGGCACCAUAACAACCUGGAGCUGCUGAGGGAGGAGAAUGGAGAGAAACAGGCCAUGGAGAGGUUGCUUUCAGCUAAUCAUAACCACAUGAUGGCACUACUCCAACAGUUGCUCCAUAAUGAGUCAUUGUCACCAUCUUGGAGGGACAUCAUUGUAUCACUGGUCUGCCAGGUUGUUCAGACAGUCCGACCUGAUGUAAAGAACCAUGACGACGACAUGGACAUCCGUCAGUUUGUCCACAUCAAAAAAAUCCCAGGUGGAAAGAAGUUUGAUUCUGUGGUUGUCAAUGGAUUCGUUUGUACCAAGAAUAUUGCACAUAAAAAGAUGAAUUCUUAUAUUAAGAACCCCAAAAUUCUUCUGUUGAAGUGUUCCAUUGAGUAUCUCUACAGAGAAGAAACUAAAUUUACUUGCAUUGACCCUAUUGUGCUGCAGGAAAGGGAAUUCUUGAAGAAUUAUGUGCAGCGAAUAGUUGACGUUCGACCCACACUGGUUCUAGUCGAGAAAACAGUGUCUCGUAUUGCCCAGGAUAUGUUACUGGAACAUGGCAUUACUUUGGUCAUCAAUGUAAAAUCACAAGUUUUAGAACGAAUCAGUCGGAUGACCCAAGGUGAUUUAGUGAUGUCAAUGGACCAGCUGCUUACAAAACCCCACCUGGGCACCUGUCACAAAUUUUAUAUGCAGAUAUUUCAGUUGCCUAAUGAACAAACCAAAACACUGAUGUUUUUUGAAGGCUGUCCACAGCACCUGGGCUGCACAAUCAAGCUUAGUGGAGGUUCCGAUUAUGAGUUGGCUCGAGUUAAGGAGAUCCUCAUAUUUAUGAUCUGUGUAGCUUAUCAUUCUCAACUUGAAAUCUCCUUCCUCAUGGAUGAGUUUGCUAUGCCUCCCACAUUAACACAAAACCCUUCCUUUCAUUCUCUGAUUGAGGGGCAGGAGAAUGCUCAAGAAGGAGCUGCACAAGAGCCGUUCAGCGCAAGUCCGCUGCCCCGGGAGCCUGACUUCCCAUUGGAGAUUCUUCCCUCUGAUGAUGGCAGCUCACUAGAGUCUGGGCUUGUGUUUGAGAAGGGUGACCAGGAGAGUAGAAGUGUUCCACAGGACGUUGCCUCUGUGAAGCACCAGGAGCAUGCCGCAGCAGCUUGCCCGGCGGGCAUCCCCUGUGCUCUCUUUCCGUCAGUACCUGAAUCACUGUUGCUGCUCCAUGUGGACGACCAGCAGGGUGCCCUAGGCACCGAGCAGCCUGAGACUUGGCAGCAAACAGAUGAGCUACAGGAUCCCAAAAGCCAGAUGAGAGUCUUUAGAGACCCUCUGCAGGAUGACACUGGCCUCUAUGUUACCGAGGAAGUUACCCCUUCUGAAGAUAAACUGAAGACCUAUUCUUUGGCCUUUAAACAGGAAUUGAAAGAUGUGAUCCUCUGCAUCUCUCCAGUCAUCACAUUCCGGGAGCCCUUCCUUCUGACGGAAAAGGGGAUGAGAUGCUCUACCCGAGAUUAUUUUGCAGAGCAGGUUUACUGGUCUCCUCUUCUCAAUAAAGAGUUCAAAGAAAUGGAGAGCAGGAGGAAGAAGCAGCUGCUCAGGGACCUCUCUGGCCUCCAGGGCAUGAACGGAAGUGUUCAGGCCAAGUCUAUUCAAGUCCUGCCCUCGCAUGAGCUCGUGAGCACUAGAAUCGCAGAGCAUCUGGGUGACAGCCAGAGCCUGGGUAGGAUGCUGGCCGACUAUCGGGCCAGAGGAGGAAGAAUUCAGAAAAAUGCAGACCCUUUUGCUUAUUCAAAGGAUGUAUCAGGUGCAUCAAGUGGCAAAUCAGGAAGCAGAACUGAGGGUGACGAAGAGAAAGGCUUGAUUCCUGGUGAUGCAGUGUGGUCGUCAAAGGUGGACUGUCUGAACCCCAUCAACCACCAGCGACUGUGUGUGCUCUUCAGCAGCUCCUCUGCCCAGUCCAGCAACGCGCCCAGUGCCUGUGUCAGCCCUUGGAUUGUAACAAUGGAGUUUUAUGGAAAGAAUGAUCUUACCUUAGGAAUAUUUUUAGAGAGAUACUGUUUCAGGCCUUCUUACCAGUGUCCUAGCAUGUUCUGUGAUACCCCCAUGGUGCAUCAUAUUCGGCGCUUUGUCCAUGGCCAAGGCUGUGUGCAGAUAAUCCUGAAAGAGUUGGAUUCUCCAGUGCCUGGGUAUCAGCAUACAAUUCUCACCUAUUCCUGGUGCAGGAUCUGCAAACAGGUAACACCAGUUGUUGCUCUUUCCAAUGAGUCCUGGUCCAUGUCAUUUGCAAAAUACCUUGAACUUAGGUUUUAUGGGCACCAGUACACUCGCAGAGCCAAUGCUGAGCCAUGCGGUCACUCCAUCCACCAUGACUACCACCAGUAUUUCUCCUAUAACCAGAUGGUGGCAUCUUUCAGUUAUUCUCCCAUUAGGCUCCUUGAAGUAUGCGUCCCACUCCCCAAAGUAUUUAUUAAACGCCAGGCGCCACUGAAAGUAUCUCUUCUCCAGGAUUUGAAGGACUUUUUUCAAAAAGUGUCACAGGUAUAUCUUGCUAUUGAUGAAAGACUUGCAUCUUUGAAAACUGACACCUUUAGCAAAACAAGAGAGGAAAAAAUGGAAGAUAUCUUUGCACAAAAGGAGAUGGAAGAAGGUGAGUUCAAGAGCUGGAUCGAGAAGGUGCAAGCGAGGCUCAUGUCUGCCUCUGGGGAUGCCCCUCAGCAGCUGCAGUCGGUCUUCGAGUCACUCAUUGCCAAGAAGCAGAGCCUCUGUGAGGUGCUGCAAGCCUGGAAUAACAGGUUGCAGGACCUUUUCCAGCAGGAAAAAGGUAGAAAGCGGCCUUCAGUUCCUCCAAGUCCUGGAAGACUGAGACAGGGGGAAGAAAGCAAGAUAAGUGCGGUGGAUGCGUCUCCACGGAAUGUUUCUCCAGGGCUUCAGAACGGAGAAAAAGAGGACCGCUUCUUAACCACCCUGUCCAGUCAGAGCUCUACCAGCUCUACCCAUCUCCAGUUGCCUACUCCCCCUGAAGUCAUGCCUGAGCAGUCGGGGGCAGGGCCCCCGGAACUGGAUACAGCCAGCAUUUCCGAAGAUGUGUUUGAUGGACAUUUGCUGGGAUCCACAGACAGCCAGGUGAAGGAGAAAUCAACCAUGAAAGCCAUCUUCGCAAAUUUGCUCCCAGGAAACAGCUAUAACCCUAUUCCGUUUCCUUUUGAUCCAGAUAAACACUACUUAAUGUAUGAACAUGAACGGGUGCCCAUUGCAGUCUGUGAGAAGGAACCCAGCUCCAUCAUUGCUUUUGCUCUCAGUUGUAAAGAAUACCGAAAUGCCUUAGAGGAAUUGUCCAAAGUGAGCCCGCGGAACAGUGCUGAAGAAGGACUUCCAACAAAUAGUGCUUUAGACAGCAGACCAAAGAGUAGCAGCCCCAUUAGAUUACCUGAGAGCAGUGGAGGACAGCCGAGUCGCACAGCAGAGGCAGAACCACAACCAACCAAAAAGGCUUCUGGAAUGUUGUCCUUCUUCCGAGGGACAGCAGGGAAAAGCCCCGAUCUAUCUUCCCAGAAGAGAGAGACCUUGCGUGGAGCGGAUAGCGCUUAUUACCAGGUUGGGCAGGCGGGCAAGGAGGGGACGGAGAAUCAAGGCAUCGAGCCUUCAGAUGAAGUAGAUGGAGGAGACACACAAAAGAAACAGCUCACGAAUCCUCAUGUGGAGCUUCAAUUUUCUGAUGCUAAUGCCAAGUUUUAUUGUCGGCUCUAUUACGCGGGAGAGUUUCAUAAGAUGCGGGAAGUGAUUCUGGGCAGCAGCGAAGAUGAUUUCAUUCGAUCCCUUUCACACUCGUCGCCCUGGCAGGCCCGGGGAGGCAAAUCCGGGGCUGCCUUCUAUGCAACUGAAGAUGAUAGAUUCAUUCUGAAGCAAAUGCCUCGCCUGGAAGUCCAGUCUUUCCUCGACUUUGCACCACACUACUUCAAUUAUAUUACAAAUGCUGUUCAACAAAAGAGGCCUACUGCAUUGGCCAAAAUUCUUGGAGUUUACAGAAUUGGUUAUAAGAAUUCUCAGAACAACACUGAGAAGAAGUUAGAUCUCCUUGUCAUGGAAAAUCUUUUCUAUGGGAGAAAGAUGGCACAGGUAUUUGAUUUGAAGGGUUCACUUAGAAAUAGAAAUGUAAAAACUGAUACUGGGAAGGAGAGCUGUGAUGUAGUCCUGCUGGAUGAGAAUCUUUUAAAGAUGGUUCGAGACAACCCUCUGUAUAUCCGCUCUCAUUCCAAAGCUGUGCUGAGAGCCUCGAUCCGCAGCGACUCCCACUUCCUUUCUAGCCACCUCAUUAUAGAUUAUUCUUUGCUGGUUGGGCGAGAUGACACCAGCAAUGAGCUGGUUGUUGGAAUCAUAGAUUAUAUUCGAACAUUUACAUGGGACAAAAAGCUUGAGAUGGUUGUGAAAUCCACAGGAAUUUUAGGAGGACAAGGUAAAAUGCCCACUGUGGUCUCUCCAGAGCUGUACAGGACUCGAUUUUGUGAAGCGAUGGACAAGUAUUUCCUGAUGGUACCGGACCACUGGACAGGUUUAGGUCUGAACUGCUGAAAUGAAGCACUUACCGUGAAAUGGACCGUGAAGGAAAGGGGGCUGGAGCAAAGGACCAAAAAUAAGCUGCAUUUUACUUGUUUGUCACAUUCACCACUGUUUGCCAAGGCCUUUCAGUUCUGCGUUUCAUAGGCCCUCUCACACUGAAGGGUUAAAAUUCCGUAGAUGUGCACUGUGGUUUUUGAUACCUACAGAUUGGCUAUGCCUGGGCUGGAAAGUUGCAUGGACAUUUUUUCACUUAAGCAGAAAUAUAGACCCAUUUCAAAGGGCUAAGGACAGAUGUAUGAUUAGAGAUGAGAUUGGGUGAAAAACGGGUUGAUGUGUUUGCUAACCAUCCUGCUAAGAAAACAGUGCUCCUAGGUUGUGACUCUUGGCGUUGCAUGUGACACAUUCUUCACUUAAAAAGCAUUUGUAGAUUUGAUGAGCUUUUUUGGUUUGUUUCUCAUGUAACAGUUUAAUGUUGCCUAUUAUCACAGUUUCUGAAACCUUUAAAAAUUCUGAAUUAUUCUAUGAAUAGCCAGUUAAACAGAUGGACAGAAUCUGUUCUUGUUUUACAGAGGAAUUUGACUUAAAUUGGGAAUCCUGCCAUGUCCUAUAUCUCACCCUGCUUUCCAGUAUGUUUGAUGUUUGUCAGGUUCUGUCUUUACUUCUCUGUGGAAGGCAGGAAGCCACCACCAUUAACUUUAAGCCUUUUUGUCUGGAGCUAUUUUUUAAGCUUGUUUACAACUUUUGUGCAGUUAUUAUGUAAAACAGCACUUAUCUGCACAUGCUCUUAUUCUAAGUUUUUUCUCUUUCAAGGGCAACAUUAGUCAAUGAGUCUACAAUGACUAAAUCCCCAAAGGGCGAGUGGUUAAUGAAGGAUUUUUUAAAUGUAAAGUAUAUUUCAGGCCCAAUCCAAGAAAUUGGGUGAAAGGGAAGCACUUGAUCGCGUUUUGUAGAGGUAGUGUCUUUUUCAAUAUAACCAGCAAUUUAAGUGACAUAUAUAUAUAUGAAAUUUCUAGAUCUGAUAUUCUUGUUUCCUAACUUUCUAUACCAGUUUCUAGGCCAGUCCUGACUAUCAAGAAAUGUUAAAAGAUAAAAUGUUCUUAGUAAGGAAUUUCUUGUUUAAUAGAGAGGUUGUUUAAAAAGCGAUCAGAAGUAUGAAACAUAAUAAUAAUGUAACCUUGAAUAUUUCCUUUUGGCUUCUUUGCAUAACAAGGAUAGUUUGGGGAUUUUUUAAACUGUAAGAGUUCUACUCUUUUCAGGCUUCCAAGGAUAGCACAUUUCUAUUGUAACUUUCACAUAAGGAGGAGAAGUCUGGAUACAUUUCACUUACAGAGGCUAUAAUACAUGAAAUGGGAACAUUUUGGAAAGUUGUCUUUAGGGAAUGAAAGCAUUAGUUUGGUGUAUGGUGCUUAUUGGAAACGUGAUUUGUUUUGAACUAGAAACAGGUAAGUUGACCAAGGACUUAUGACUGAUCUGAUGAUAAGCAUUUUAAAAAACAACAUGUGGUGUACCUUUUGAUACAAAACACUGGUGAUUUUAGUUUCAGCAUCAUACAGCAGUAAGGAGUUGUACAGCAGUGACACAUAGAGGAGCAUCAGCUUGUGUGUCCAGGAGCAGUGGGUUUUGCAUCUGAUUUUGAAUGCAAAUACUGUUUUGACCAUUUCUUCUGUGAAGAUACUCUGGGUUAUUCAUCCUGUCCAUGUCCUGCACCCCGGUCAUGAACGCUUCCUGUAGAAGGUGUCUCCCCCCAGCUGUAACCAGGGUGUGUCUUUGUUUUAGCCUCAGCGCCAUCUGUGUACCUUGGAUCCUCUGCUGGAGUAGCUCCGGACAGUAAUUAAGUAUCUUGCUGAUUUUGUUUUUCUUGUCCAUGACAUUAAGAACUAUUUUUUUAAAGUACUGCUGCCUCUUAGAUAAUUUUGUGGCUAAAAAAAGUUCCAAUAUAAUAUAACCUGAAGUAAUACUUGCUGUCCUUUUAAAGCUGUCUUAAAGAAGGGAAAAUAUAAAAUUUAAUUUGCUGUGAGUGGUAGGACUAUAUCCCUGGCCCCUUGCUGCUCCUGUGUAGGCCGCCCACAUAUAUAAGGCGUUUCAGAUGUUGUGCUACUCAGUGUUAAGCACUGGGUGACUUCACCUCUCCUGAAUUCCCUUUCAAGUCCCGGAGAAUAUUAACAAAACAGUGGUGAUUUUAGUUUCAGUAUCAUACAGUAGUAAAGGAGUUGUACAGCAGUGACACAUAGAGGAACAUCAGCUUGCGUGUCCAGGAGCAAUGGGUUAAGAAUGGGUUAAGAAUGAAAAGUUAAGAAUAUGGAAGAAAUCUUAAUACUUUAGUCCUUCGAAUAAACUAUGAAUCCUGAAAAUAAUUGACAGUAGCACAAGAAAACUAUAUAACAUGUUGCAUUGUAUAAAAAAUCUUAUUUAUAAAUUUGAAGCUUUUUGAUGCCAUCAAAACUUUGUUAAAAAUAAAAAGGAUUAACCUUUAUCUUAACCCAAGCCUAAGAAAACUAAGGGGAAUAAGCCGUUGUAAGCCCUUUUAUAGUCUAUAGAAUAUUUUAGAUUUACAGAUAUUCAAAACUUCCUAUAAAAUGUCCUGCUUAUAAUUUUUCCCUGAUCCAGCAGUAAGUGGUUUUCUAGCUUUGGCUUUUUUGGGUAGUGUAAAUAGUAGGGUUGUAUUGGUUUUUGUGGCAUCAGUUUCUCCUUGGCAUUUUACCCAUUAGUACUGGGCUUGUAUAAAACUGCCAAGGAAAGGAAUCUAUCUGUAGAAAGUCUCCUUAGCUACCAGAGUGGAAACUGUUGUGAAUGAGCCUGUCGGUGAAACAGAUCAGGCCAUUCAUUACUCCUCAAGUGUUAACAUACUGACUUAUGCAGUAUUCAAAGCAUCUAGUGCAAUGCCUUUUUUUGUUUGUUUUUAUAACGUGGGUGCAGUGUAUUAUAGAAAAAUUAAAAUUAUAAUCAUGAGCAUUUUUAUUAAUGCUUCUGUGCUGGUUUUGUAAAAAAUGUACAUUCUGUCUUUGACAGGUUUAAUUUUAACUAGAGAAAUGAUAUUGUAAAUCAUAAUAGCCUCUUAACUUAGUAUGAAAAUUCAGUUAACAGUAUUGAAAAUACCUGAUGUAUUAUAUUGUAUAUAUUUCUCUACUUUGGUUCCAGCUGUUUUAUAUGAUUGAUGUGUUAUUUAAGAAAUGAAACUGCCUUGGCCUUUUAAAGACUUAUACUGUAAAUAAAGAAGACUUACAAAUAACUGA